AUGGUGAACAUCACGGACAGCGUCGUCAAGUCGAAGAUCAACAUCGGCAUCGCCUGCUGGGGACUUAUCUGUGGAACGGCCCUGGCCCUGACUGUGCCACGCUUCCCACGUCGGAAGAUGUACCUCCUUUGCGCCUCGUCCUUGCUCUGCGUCUACAUCGCCUGGACGAUCUCGAUGGAGAGAUUCAUGACCACAGAGGCCAGGGCGGCAGCCAUUUUGACCAUUUUCUUCAUCUUCCUCUACUCACCCGCCUACAAUCUGGGAUACAACGCUCUGACCUACACCUACCUCGUCGAGCUCUUCCCCUACUUCGGUCGUUCCCGCGGUAUCUCGUGGUUCCAGUUCUACAGCCGUGGAGCCAGUUUCUUCGCCACCUAUGUGAACCCCAUCGGCCUUGAGCGCAUCCAGUGGCGCUGGCUGAUUGUCUACUCCUGCUGGCUGGCCUUUGAGGUCGUGAUCAUCUUCUUCUUCUUCCCGGAGACCCAGGGCCGUACUCUCGAGGAGUUGUCUUUCUUGUUCGAGGGCAAAGAAAAGGCCAACGAAGUCGCUGCCGCCGUCCACAAGCAGCUUGAUGAUCCGGGAGAGAACAAGGCGGGCACAGUCCAUACUGAGAUUCGCGAGGAGAAGGUUUAA